AUGGCUGCACCCAACAUCAGCAAAGUCGGCUUCAUUGGCCUCGGGGCCAUGGGAAAGCACAUGGUCGAGCAUCUCGCAAGCAAGCUCCCUGACGAGACUCGCAUCUAUAUAUACGAUGUUUCAAGCCCUCCAAUCGAAGAGCUAGCUACCAGGUAUCCAAACAAGGUGAUCCCCAGCACAUCGUCAAAAGACGUUGCAGAGAACGCGACCAUCAUCCUCUCCAUGGUCCCCGAAGGCAAACACGUCGAAGCCGUAUACCUGCACCCAGAAACCGGCAUCGCAGCUGCAGCCCCGGAAUCCCUACACAACAAACUCCUCAUCGACUGCUCAACAAUCGACAUCGCCACAAGCCUCCGCGUGAAAGACCACAUAGCAACCCACCACGCAACAACCCCCUUCUACGAUGCCCCAGUCAGCGGGGGGACUCUCGGCGCUAAAGCCGGUACCAUCGCGUUCUUCCUGGGCUGCGCGAAAACAGAGCAAAAUCUGCCCUACAUAACCGAAAUCCUCCGGCUCAUGGGAUCCAAGAUUAUCCCCUGCGGCGGACCAACAUCCGGUCUUGCCGCGAAACUAUGUAAUAACUACCUCUCGGGCCUAAUCGCAAUCGCCAGCUCCGAAGCGCUGAAUAUGGGGAUCCGGGCUGGGCUUGACCCGCGCGUUCUCAGCGACGUGAUUUCCGCCGGUACAGCUGCGAAUGCCAUCUGCGCCGACUAUAACCCCUGUCCUGGGGUUGUGGAUAAGGCGCCCUCGAGCCAGGGGUAUGAGGGCGGGUUUAAGGUGCAGUUGAUGAAGAAGGACUUUGGGCUUGCGGUGGAUUUGGCGAGGGGGGUUGGGGCGAGGCUUGUGCUUGGGGGGAUUGGGCUGGAGACGUAUGAGGCUGCGGCGGAGGAUCCGGAGUGUAGGGAUCGGGAUUCGAGGGUUGUGUAUAGGUUUCUUGGUGGGGAUGAGGAGUGGAAAGGGAGGUUUGGGGGGUAG